UUUUCUGUUAUUUUACGAAAUUAUUAUCAGCAUUACAAGUGAAUGAAGAGGAUCGGACUGGAAUUUACUUUAUCAAAGUCAACUCCAGAAAACACAAGAGGAUGAAAGGUAACUGACAUCAGAACUACAGUUUCAUUCAGGAUGUCAAUUCAUUCGGCAGAUGACUUGAUUCAGCUCGCAGAAGCUUCUGAAAGAGUUCGAGCAGGACAUGUAGAGGUCAUAAGUCAAACAAGCUUAACAGAAUCUGUGGGACCUGGUGGUGAUGCAGGAAAUAUAGUUCAAAAUGGAGAUGAUGGACAAGGUCUUGUGGGGACGAGUGGUCAAGAGAACAUUGGUAAUGCAAUAGAUAUAGAAGGACAGAAUGAUGGAUCCCAUCAAAUAGUCAGCAUAUCGGGCGGAAACCAGGAAACUCAAACAAUCAUUUUGCAAGAAUCUGAGGAACUGGGAAACAUUCUUCAGGAAGCUGGUGUUGUGCACAUCAUUGUACAGGAUGAAGAUGGAACUAGCACCACACACAGUCAAGGGGAGACAACUGUCAUUUCUGAAAAUAUUGGAGAGCUCUUAGACAGAAUAGCCAGCAUUACUGGUGAAUCUGUUUGUCAGGAGCUACUAACAACUGCUUCAAAGGAUGAUGUGGGUUCAGUAGAUAUAUCUGAAGAAGAUAUUGUGGAUAAAAUUACAGGGAAUGAAAAGAAGAACAAUCUAGAUGUUUUACAGAACAGCAGCAACAACUUUAAACAUGAUGGGGAGCUGCUCAGCAUGUCUCUUAUGCAAAGAGGUAAAGAGCACGGUUUAACUGUUUUACAGGAACAGCAGUGCUUGCAAGGGACAGAAAAUCAGUCCAGCAGUUCAGCUGUUAAAGAAGAAAAGGAUGGAAGUCAAAAACUUGAGGAUGAUUUAGGGGAGCUUAAUGAGGAGGACUCUGUAGAUGAACCGUCAGCAUAUGAGGACGAUGAUGAGUCUGUCAACACAAAAAAGAAGAAAAAAAAGAAAAAGAAAAAACUUUCAGAAAAAGAGAGUGUUUUGACAACCAGUCAGGACAAGAUAAAUGUUGAAAAUGAUGGAACAUCACCAACAAAACGUGUCCGUCCAAUUAAAUGUGAUGGGUGUGGGGAAAUGUUCCAAGAUCAGGCGAAAUUUAAGGCUCACAGAUUAGAGAGUGGGGAAAGGCCAUAUAAAUGUCAUGAGUGUAAAUUAGAUUUUGUCUGGAAAGUUGAUCUUGCCCGACACAAUCGUGAAAAACAUGUAUACAUGUGUUCUGAAUGUAACAAGUUGUUUCCAACACAAACUACAUUAGAUAUUCACCUCUUUCAGACCCAUAACAAACCUACACCCCAUCGCUGUGAAGAUUGCAACAGAAAGUUCCAAUCUGCAGAAGAUCUGGAAGAACAUGUUCGAUGUCAUCAAAAUGACCCAAAAACCAAAUGUGAAACCUGUGGGAAAAUGUAUGUCACCAAGUACCUACGUCAGCACAUGCUGCAGCACAACGGUACUAAACCAUAUAUCUGUGACAUAUGUGGGAUGGGAUUCACUACAAAGAGAUCUGUAAAUUUCCAUAAGUCCAUUCACUCUGGGGAUAAACCAUACGAAUGUGACAUCUGUCACAAGACAUUCCGUCUAGAGGCUCUCGUACGAUCUCACAAAAGGACACACAUGAAGAGUAAACCAUUUCUGUGUUCUUUCUGCGGGAAAGGCUUCACUUCGAAUUCAGAUUUACAGCGCCAUCUUCAGGUCCAUACGUCGGCAUGGAAGUUCAAAUGUUCCAUCUGUGACAAAGGUUUUGGACAGAAAGGGCAACUUGAUACUCAUUUCAGAAAGCACACUGGUGAGAAACCAUUCAAAUGUGACCAGUGUCCCUGUUCCUAUCGAAGCUGGAAAAGUCUGAAGGAUCAUAAGAAGACUCACCUCGCUAUCAAACCAUACAUGUGUGAAGUUUGUGGAAAGGGAUAUAUCCGCAAUGCUCUUCUCCAACAGCACAUGCAGAUUCAUGCAAAAGCGGAGAUAAAGUGCAAAACAUGUGGGGUCAUUAUCGAAAGGUUGGAUCUGUAUCGUGAACACAUGAAGGAGCAUAGAGAGGAAAAGGAGAAAUUAUGUAACUAUGAAUGCCAUAUUUGUCAGAAAAAAUUCUACAUUCAGGUGCGUUACCAGAGACAUCUAGAUCUUCAUGCUGAAAGGGGAACUACAAUAUUUCCUUGCACCAUUUGCUCCAAAAAGUUUAAGUCACAGACAGUUUUAGACUCGCAUCGUAUAAAGAAACAUAACUGUCUCCCAUCAGAAGUGCCAGUGCAGCAGCAACAACAGCAACAAGGGAUUCAGUAUCUGGAAAAUUCACAACAACAAAUACAAAACCAGCUACAACUGUCAGAGUCACAGUUUCAACAUCCACACCAUCAACAGACAACUCCACAACAACAGUCUCUGUUAGCUCCACAGCAUCAUGAUCAACAGUCACAACUUUCGCAUCUUCAGUCUCCUCAUGUGUCUAAUCAACAGUCACUUCAACAACACAUACCUCAAUCUCAACAGUCAUUCCUGACUCCACAACAACAGCAACAACAACAGCAGCAGUCACUGCUUCCUCAUUUGCAAAAUUCUCAUCAAAUUCCCCAUCUUCAGAGUUCGCCUCAGCAACCUCAACAGUCAAUAUUACCUCAACAGCAAUAUACUGGGCUGUCUCAACAACAAACUCCACAACAACAACAGUCUCUGCUUUCUCACCAGUCAGUGCUUGUGCAACAAGCUGAGCAUUCCGCGUCUCCCUUACAGACUCAUACGCAGGCAGUAGAGCAGACAGCUAUUGAAGUGGCACCACAGUCCAUACAAGGUAAAAUCUUUACUUGUACCCUUUGCCAAAGGACGUGCGACAAUGCUGAAAAAUAUGAAAGUCAGCGUACCCCAGGAAAUUACAUCUGUAUCAAAUGUCAUCUAAAAGAAGGCUCGUCAAUGAACAAAAUCCGAUACAAGUGUGCUAUCUGUGACCGGCUAUUCAUCGACCUUCAGAAAGCCCAACUACAUAGUAAGGCCCAUGCUAACACUCCAGAAGUAUCUGUCAGUGUUACAGACGCGACUGACCAGACUUACAUGGUACAGAUCGUUGAUGGCGAUGGAGACAAGGGAGGUAAUAAAGUCAUUCACUACUGUGAUAUAUGUGGAAAGGGAUACACAUGGAUCAACAGUUUACACAGACACAAAAAACUUCACUGCACAGAAAAUCUCAAGAUUAAAAACACAAGCUUCAAGAACUAUAAGUGUGAAAUUUGUGGAAAGGGGUUCACAUGGAGGUCCAAUUUGAACCGCCACAAACAAACACAUCGUGAUAAAAUUGUUUACAUUUUCCGCACAGAAGGAGAGGAAAUGACACUGGAAGAGGACACUGCCUCCACGGAUAAACCUUUCAGUGUAACUGGCAUUGAGGGGACGGAUUAUCUAGAGAUGGAUUCCACUUAUGAGGAUCAUUUGGUUGAGGAACAAGUUGAAAAUAAGGAUGUUGACAAAACAUUUACAUGUGAUGUGUGUGGAAAGUCCUUUUUGUGGCAGAGUAGUAUGAUUUCACACAGAAACUCUCACUUUACAUUCAACAGUCAACCAAAUAUUGGAAACACCAUGACAUACUCUAACAAUAUUCCUAACAUUACAACAGCUCCAAAUAAGAUGGAACAAAUGACUGACCCAAGCAAUAUAGGGAGCUUGAUCCAGGCCAGUAAUACUGUUGUAAUGCAGUCUGCAACAAACGAUCUGAUGACCAUGAACAGUGCCCCAGUAACUCAGGUAGUGUCUAACUUACAAAUGCCGAACACUACUGCAGGGAAUAUAAACACUGUGGCAACUGUUGUACAGGUGGCUCAGAGUGGCUGUGUCUGUGAUGUAUGUGGCAUUGAUUUUUUUACACAGAAAAAUUUAGAAGCUCACAAACAAGUUCACCUCAUACCAGAAGUUGUUAUAGGAUAUUCGGAAACUAACCACAUGGAAUAUCCGGCUCUUCCUUCCGAUAAAAAAUUUACCUGUGACAUCUGUGGGAAAGGUUUCAGUUGGAGCAACAGUUUAAGUCGUCAUAAACAGGUUCACAAACGGCAGGUUUCAUCAUUGAUUCCAGGUACAAGUUUGUCAGAGCAGGAGGAUAUGCAAAAGCCUUUUAAAUGCUCCUUUUGUGGGAAAGGAUUCGCGCGACGUGACAAUUUGAAUUAUCAUCGACGAAUACAUGUGGAUGCCAAACCAUACAGCUGUCACAUCUGCGGGAAGUCAUUUAACUGGGGAUCAUAUUAUAAGCAGCAUAUGGUAAUGCACAAGGGAGAUAAGCCAUAUGUAUGUAAGUAUUGUGGAAAGUCUUAUGCCUGGAAUCUGUUGUUGCAAAACCAUUUAAGGACUCAUACUGGGGAGAAGCCUUUUCAAUGUGAAAAAUGCAAGAAAAAUUUUCGACAAAGGUCUCAUCUGGCGGUCCAUAUGAGAAGUCAUUCUGGUGAAAAAUUAAGCAAAUGUGAAGUCUGUAGUAAGAAGUUUUUCGAUUCAUCAUCACUUCGACGUCACAUGAGGAUUCAUUCCAAGGAAAAGCCAUACAAGUGUGAAGUCUGUAAUAAACAAUUUUCAGAUAGCUCCAAUCUCAAAAGUCACAUGAGACGCCACACCGGGGUGAAACCAUUCGAAUGUGGAGCCUGUGGAAGGUUGUUCAGUGUAAAGCAAAACCUAACACGACAUUUUAUUGUACACAGAAAAGAAGAAGCCAUCGCCAAGGAAAGAGCAGAAAUGAGUGCAAAGAAGUCAAAGGGAAAAACAUCAUGAAGUGCUCUCUCUGUAGGAUUUUCCUUCGUCUAACUGGUUAUGGGUGUGGGUACUUUUAAAAGAAAAUAUGAAUAUAAAAGUUAAACUUCAAUGUUUUAAAGUUUCUUUAAAUGUUUGCAAUGGGAAUAUAAUUGUAAAAAAUAUAUAUAGUACAUGCUGGCAGUGAUAAAGUUUUCAUUUAAGAUUACAAGAUAAUAAGUAAUGUAUGACAUGACAUGAAAGUGUACGAUAUGUGUUAAAGCUAUGUAGAUAUGAAAAUUUAGUUGAGAAAUGGAAAGUACAUAUAUCUAUGUAGUAAACAUAGAUUUAUACAGGUGAAUAUAUGAGGAAUAAAUCCAUUUGCUUGCAAAGAUGAUCAUAAUUGUGGAUAUGAAAUUACUGUUCUGUUAAUUCAUGAUUCGGAUGCUAGCUUGAUUGUGAAUGCCGUGUUUGUUGAGUAUCACUGUAAUGUUAAGAAAUAAAUCUAGAGAUCACAGUAUUAAUUUUUGGAAUAGAAGAUGCAGGAAUGGAGAACUUGCUGAUUCUGAAUGUGAAGGUCUUAUAUAUGGAGGUGGAUAUUUUGAUUCUGAAUGUGGUUUUGUUGAUUUUUUGAAAAUGCCGCACAGCUGCCAAUAGGAUGAGAUAUUGGUAAUAUUUUUCAAUAAGCCUAUCAAUAUGGUAGGUUGAUUGUGGAUUUACAUACAGAUGUUUGUAAAGGAAAAUGAUUGUUGCAAUAUAUCACCCAUGAAUUUUCAUCACACACUACUCUUGGUAUGAUGCUUCAUAAUAUUUGAUGUAUUUCUUAGAUUGCAGACUUUUUGCAGUGUUUGACAGAGUAACCUCCCUUUCAAGACACCAUCACUUUGCAUGAGUCCAUGAAUUAUUAUUAUUUUUUCUUUCUUUUUUUUUGUUUGAGAAGAGUUAUAGCCCUUGCAAUGCCAAAUAUGGUAGUUUUGCUUGACUUUAUUGUCAUCUGUGAUUAUGAUAUUCAAUGCAACAAUAGUUUUCAAGAGUUCACAAAUUAUGUUAACAGAAAUUAUAGUUAUGCCAAUACAUAAGAACGUAAUCUUUCCCUAGCUGAACUCUAUGCACAAAUUCACACUGGAAAGAGAGUGUAACCAUAUGUAGGAACAUCUAUAAAUUUUGUUACAUCAGCUAAUAUUCUUGUUGAUUAUAGUAGAGCUUUUACAAUGAAGAUAUUUUAUUUGAGCUGUGAUUGAAUAUUUCCAAGCAUCAUGAAUUUUUAUUCCAAUGUUUGGUAUAACAAUAUAUAGAUACUCCAUUGAGAGAAUAGGAAAUCUGGCAGGCUCGGUUGAAAAAAAAAAGGAUAGUCAUUUAUUGGGGGAAGCGUAUAGUCAACGCCGUCAUUUUUUUGUUUUUAUUUUUUCUUCUACUUUUAUAUUUAAUAAUUCUGUUGUCGAAUAAAGAUACAAAUAAACUGCUUUUUUAAUGAAAAUUUCCCAGAUCCUAGUCCUGGUAAUAAAAGAAUUGGCAUUGCAACUGAAUGAAACAUAACUUAGGGAGAUAAUUUCAGAAAAAAAUCUCAAUAUGGUUGCAUUACAGUGUUUGACCAUGGGUGAUAUUUUUGUUCAUUACAUUACCCAAUUAUAAAGGAUUUUAUUAAAUAAAAAGAAUAGUCCUUGUUAAAAUUUCAAUAGUCAUGUUGAAGUAGAGAACAGGGGGCUUCAUUCAUUUCUGAAUAAUAGUUUUGCACGUUGUUUGAGAUUACUAUUUGAGCAGUCGAUUCUGUGUCUACACAUCGAAAGGUAGCUUUACAGAAAGUGAAAUUUCCUUUGUGUCCAUCUGUGUUCAUGUUUUGAAGCCCUCACAGUUGGAUUUUUUGAAACAUGAGUACAUGUAGUUUGUUACCAUGACAAUGUUAUUGAUUUCUAGACAGGUGUUCAGAAAUAAAUUCCUCAUAUGGAGGUGUAUUUUGGAUUUAAGAUUAGUAGCAUUUUAGCAUUUUUUUGUAUUUUUAGAGUUGGUAAACAUGGUUAUCACAAGUCAGAAAUCAGAUGAAAUUUUUUGUUAACCCAAUUUUGAUUUCUAAACUGCCACUGUUAUGUAGUAUAUAUAUAUAUACAUAUAUAUAUACUUGUAAGGGUUUAUUUUUCACAUGUGUUAUCUGCUAUACUUAUAUAUCUCAAACAUGUCCUAUGGUCCUGCUACCUAUGAAAUGAACAAGAUUAAUUACACACCUAAAUGCUGUCAGUGUUUGUUUCUCUGAAUGUGUUUUAUUAUGUGUUUAAUCUCAAUUUCAAGUUAAGAAUUGAUGAAUACAUCUUGUUAUUUAUCAUUAACAUUUUUCAGUUAUAGGUGGAUUUCCAGCAUCACGUUCAUUGUUCAAUUGUUCAUUCCAAAUAUAUUUACAGUUAUAACAAGACACCAAACUAAACAUGCAAUGCAAUAGAUUCACUAUGUGGCAUGUUAUCAAAAUUACUAAUACCUAUAUAUCUGUCUUGCAAGGAAAAUGUAUUGGUUAUGCUGUGUUGAAAGUUUACUGUUAAUUUGGCACUAAGUUUGUCAAUUAUGUCCUAGAAAACAUUUUUACUUCAUUUUGUAAAUUUAUGUCAUAGAAAAAAUAUUACAUUAUUUUGUAAGGAUGGUAAGUCAUGUUUUAGAAAAAAAAUUCUGUUAUUUUGUAACAGUAGAAUUUCUUACUAACAGUUUGUUAUCUUAAUGAAAAUGACCAAGGUAAGGUCUGUCUUAAGCACAGUUGAGGAUCCCUAUUCUAUGUUAUCAUAUGCCAGCGGGACUUUGGAAAAUUUGAAACCUCUGUGUCUGUACAGAGAUAUGUUUAUUAGAACUUAGGAUUCUCUCCCCUGUGUCUUGUACUCAUUGGGAUAUUUAUUGCUAAUAUUUGUAAAUGUUCACAGGAGCAUUUGACAAUGUUUCUAGGGGAAGGGGCUGGUGUAGACAGUGAUAAGUGAUUCAAUGGGGACCAAGAAAACACUAAAGUGAAAUUUAUCCACCUCAAGAAAGUUGGUGGUAUUCAGCCAACUACUGUUCUUAAAUUUGUAGUAUAAAAAUGUUUUUAAGUAAAAUACCUGUGAGAGAAGUGCAAUUUCAAAUACAUUUUCUCUCUGGUAUUUCAUUGGUUUCCACACCACACAACACCAUCCCCUUAGAAACAUUGUUACAUGUCAUAGUGUGAAUGAUAUACAGGUAUUGGUGUGAAUGUGUAAUAUGUAAUGAAGAAAUGGCAUCAUUUCAAUAAUAAUAUCUAUGAUGAAAUAUAUGUAUUGAUAGAAUUUGUUUCAAUUCAAAAAAUAUUGUACACUUUUUAUUAUCUGGUUUGGUUUUGUUACUGUCUCAAGUUAUAAUUUAGAUCCACUCCAAACACAUUUCUUCGGCCACAUCUCAAUAUUGUCAUAACUUGCCAUAAGAUUUUAAAUUAUUCAACCAUUUAAUGUGUCUUGAAAAUUGAAUUGUAAAUUGCAUUGUGGAGUAAGAAUACUUGUAUUGUUUUUAUGAUACAAAUCUGAAAUGAGGGCUCUGAUAUUCAGAUCUAGUUAAUUUUUUUCCUUAUCAUAAACAUACAUAUUUAUUCAA